GAGGCCACAGGGUCCUGCAUUAUUCUCAUAAAAGCGACGAGAAAUCAACUAUGGCUGAUCUGUUCCACAAGCAGGCCGAGUUUUACGUCGAGGCUCGCCCGAGUUACCCCGACGAACUCUUCCGAUUCAUCUCCUCCAAAACCCCCAAGCGAACCCGAGUCUGGGACGUCGGGACCGGCAGCGGCCAAGCCGCCGUCUCCCUGGCCCAAUUGUAUGAACGAGUGGUGGCCACGGACACGAGCCCGGAGCAGCUCCGCUUCGCCCCCAAACACGCCAACGUCGACUACCGCCACACGCCGAGCGCCAUGUCCCUUGCGGACCUCCAUCGCCACGUGGCGCCGCCGUCGACCGUGGAUCUCGUCACGGUGGCCCAGGCCCUCCACUGGUUCGACCACGCCGCGUUCUACGACCAGGUCGACUCGGUCCUCGCCAAACCCGGCGGCGUCCUGGCCGCGUGGUGCUACACCCUGCCCCGAGUCGACCCGUCGGUGGACGCCGUGCUCCGGCGGGUCUACGCCCAGUCGAACCCGUUCUGGGCUCCGGAGCGGCGGAAGGUGGACGACGAGUACAGGACGAUUCUGUUCUCCUACGACCCGGUGGAGGGGGAGGAGACCACCGGGCCGUUCGAGUUCGCGACGGAGCGGACCAUGGAUCUGGAGGCGUACCUGACGUACGUCCGGUCGUGGUCGGCUUAUCAGACGGCGAAGGAGAGGGGAGUGGAGCUUUUGACGGAGGAGACGGUGGCGGAGUUGGAGAGGGCGUGGGGCGGCGAUGGGAAGCUGGUGAAGGCCAUUCGCUUCCCAAUUUUCCUCAGGAUUGGGAAAGUGAAGAACUGAACAUUUUUCUCGGCAAUUCCCACGCAUCGUCUGAUCUUUACCAUUUCACAGAAUCAUGAUCAAAUAAAUUGUUACGCAGAGUCCUACGAAUUAAUGAAUAUCUGAAUUCUCUUAA